AUGGAAGCGAUUGGGCGAGAGAAUCGCUUGAGCACCUCAGAGGCCAUGAUGGAGAUCGUGUACACCACAUCGCAGGCAGGCACUGUCUUGCAGUUGCAGACAGCCUUGGCGAUGAUUCAGGUCAGAUUUGGUUGUCCCUUCCACUUCAUCCACUUCGUGGUGGUCAUUGUGGAGCACAUCUUCUUCCAUUACAUGGUGCAGUUCAAAUUUGCUUGGCUGCACAAGCUUUAUCAUGAAGUGCAGCCCUUUCAUCGCCUUGUUCACUUGGAGCAUCACAUUUGCAAAGGUACAUACCCAACGACACCAGCAGCAGGGCUUUGGGAAGGAUGGGUUGAAGGAGGCACCCUAUUCUUCUGCAACACCCUCGCUUGUGUUCCAUAUUUUCUCUUCCAUGCAGCCUAUUCUGGUCCCAAUGUAGUGACGCACAAUGUGUGGCCACACAAAUCCUUGAUCCAAUGGCACACUCUUCACCAUGUUGUGCACAGCGACAUCUAUGCUGUCAAUGUCCCCAGUGAAAGCGACGAGAAGUUUUCCAGGGAUAUCAAGCAUUACAAGGAGCGGCUGAGCCAGUACUCUCCCUUCAUCAAGUACAAGUUCCCCUCAGACCUGGCAGGCUUUGCAAUGACGUUCAUCGUAGGUUUGGUUUUGCAUCAGUGCGGCGUUGGGCUUUUCCAUGUGUGGCACGAGCGAGAGCUGCACUUCGCCUGA